CUGCACUUCCAACCGCUACCAUCCGCGAUCAGCUCCCUGCUCCCCUACCUUCUAGCUCUUCUGACGACGACGAUCUGUGAGACGCUUUAAGUACAAGGAACGACCCUUUCUUGCGGCUGAGCAGGUUCGAGGCAAGGAAAGGCGAGACGUGGAAGCACGAAGUGGUGAGGUCCCAGCCAUGUCUGCCUCCUCCUCCUCCUCCUCACAGGUGCUGGACUCGGCAACGUGCUGGGCUAUACCUGCACCUGUCCCACCCCCUCCUGCUUCUUCUCAAGUCGACUCUUUCCGGAAAAGACCAGAGUCCAUCCUCCUCCGAUUGCCAGACGAGCUACUUGCUCGAAUACUUGCUGCACCGGAGCGAGGAACUGCAGGUACGCUCGUAUUGAAUGGACGGCAAGAUGCUUCUCUCCUCUUUGAUGGACAGUCCAUGCCUCUUGAGGGCACAGAAAUGAGCUAUGGUAGCCCUGGAGACGAGAGCUACUACUAUCGUCUAGAUCAGAAAGAAGAAGAAGAGAUAGGCCGCAAAGGGGAGAAGGAGCGACCCAGUCUCCUCGCAGCGCUACCAACGCCCACCGUCCGUCUCCUCUACCCACGAGAAUCCUCCGCUCCUGCUUCUUCCUCCUCCAACUUGGUCCCUUCAUCCUCAACUGCGCCCUCCACCGGCAAGACGACCGACUUAGCCAAAGCCACCAAUCGUCUCAAGGCCAUGCGCGAAGCCGAUGCCGAGAAGAAGCGACAGAGCCGGGCGAUUAUGAUUGACCAGAGUCAAUUCGACUCUAGGGGUAGACUAUUGCAACCAAAGCAAAAGGGAAACGGAGCUUCUGGAGGGGUCGCUUCUUCAUCCUCCUCUAGGGUCCCUUCGCCGGCUUCUAGGACUGGUUCCCCCGUGAUACGCAGAGCGGGAGGGGAGGAGAUGCACACCGGCAGGAGCAGCAGCGGUAGCGGGCUGACUGGGGUAGGGUCUUCGAGCAUGUCCAGACCGAGAUCUAGCCUUGGGGUCGACGCCUCGUCCCUUCCAAGGAGGAGUGCCAGCCCGAUCCCUUCUGCAGCCAAGAGUACUUCACAGAAGUGGGCUCCGAGUUCAUCCGACGAGGAGGAGGAAGAGGAGGAGGAGGAUCGUGCCUCCUCUUCUCGCCCUUCUUCUAUCUCACCAGCCAAAGCAGCUGCGAAUCAGACUCGUGCUAGAUUGGCGAGGGCGGUCAAGGGCAAGGGACCAAAGGGGGAGGAGUUGAAGAAACAGCAGGAGAAGGAGCGGAGGAGAAUGGACAAGGCGAGGGAGGAGAAGGAGAAGGAGAAGAGUGGGGUGGGUUCGAUCAAGCAGGCUGGAGCUACUUCUACUCCUGCUCCUACUCUUGCUACGUCAUUGCCCACCCCGAGCAGCGCAAAGGAAAAGGAAGUUGGAGUGAGGACGCUCAGUGAUUCCUCAAAGGCGGCGGUGAAAGUUAGGGACAUGGCUUCCAAGAUCUCUUCCGAUGAUGCUCCUGAGCAGUCAAAGCAGGACAGCGUCAAGAAGGCAAGCACAAGCGGAGGCUCGUCUACGGCGGCGGCAGCGGAAGGGGGCCCUACCUCACCCAAGAAGCGCAAGAGAGAUCUCAAGGAUGCAGAGGAAGUAAUGAAGUUCACGACGACGAAGAGAGCUUUGGCGCCCAAGUCGGUCUCGCCAGAGGAGCGACGGAGCACAAGCACAUCGAAGACCGUGCCGGAGAAGUCGACUUCGCCAGAAGAAAGGAGAACCACAGCCACCGUGGCCGAUUCCAGCAAGGUAGCUUCAGCCACUUCUGCUGCUGCUGUCUCUCGACGUCCUUCGAGGAACCACCGAGAGUCAUCUCCCAUUUCGCCCCCUGGCUCCGGCUCGGCCAAAGCUUCCAACAACGAACCGCCCCUUCGAGCACCUGUUGCCCCUACUCCUUCGCAAGCACAGCCCCAACCACAACCACACCACGGACCCUCCCCCUCUGCCUCUCUCGCCACGCGCGAGCCCUGGCUGGAUAUCCGUGGACUGAACGACUGGCGACACCUAGUGGAGCGUCAUGCUAGGGUAUUAAAGCAGUACGAGACGUGUCGGGUCCGAUUGGAAACAGGAAGGGGGACAAGUCAACAUGAAGAGGAUCGAGAUUCGGAUCGAGAUCAUCCCCAUCGGUCACGUCGUGCCGCACCCAUGACUGCCUGGCGCAGUACCUCUCCCCCACUAUCAGCGCGAGUUGGCUCCCUCGGCAGAUCCACCGAACCACUCAAACACCCCGAGGGUGCCGGUCCCGAAGCUCACCAAGCUCAAGGUCCGCACCGGGACACAAAGCCCUCUUCUUCCCCUUCCCUUCCUCCACCACCACCUUUGGACAUGACUGCCCUCUUGGAAUUGGUGGAGCUGCAGCGCGCCCGUGAGGGAGAAUUGAAGCGGAUGUUUGUUGCACUGGACAGUUUUAAAAAGGGGUGGGAUGGGAGUUGAGAUGAGCUCAGAUGAGAUGAGAUGAGAGGAAGAUGCAAUGAGGGCGGGCGUGGAAGCGGGGUGGGAGGAAAUGGUUUAGAAGUAAAAGUAGAUAUCUCAUGUGCUACCACCCCAUUUAUGACUCUGACCAUUAUCACGGCUCUGACCG